AUGGGCGUCCCUCUCACAUACACUCGACCCAAGCAUGUCGACACUCAAAGCCUUGCUAGCCGCGAGUCUGUCGCCGAGUCCAAGACGGGCGACUCGAUGCACUCCGACACCUCGGGCUACUCUGCCAACGGCAUCCCCGACUCUCUUGCCUUUGACAACAUCAUCAACGGCGGAACCUGCCCUCCCAUGACUGUACGCGACUUCAUGAACUAUCUCAUCUACAUUGAGCACUCGGCCGAAAACCUGCAGUUCUUCCUCUGGUACAAGGACUACGUCAAGCGCUUUGGCACCGCCGACACCACCGACCUGCGCCUGUCCCCCGAGUGGACGCAGGCCAUGGAGGACGACAUCGUCGCUCGUCUCCGCAAGGACAAUGCCGAGAAGCUGCGCCCGGACAACGGCGUGGCCGCCGAACUGUUCAAGGGCACCGACUUUGAGAAGCAAGGCCACGAGGCCGGCAGCAACAACCCGUUCAACACCCCUCCCCGUACUGCCCACGGCGCUUCUGAUCAAGAAUCUGUCUACACAGCCACCCAGGCACCUGCCUCGACCCUGGCAACCUACCGCUCACAGGCCUCUGAGGCUUUCAGCACCGCCGGCGCCAAGCAGCCCUUCUCCAUUCAGCCUUUCCGCGAGGAAAUCAACCGCGUCAUCGCUACAUAUAUCAUGGAUGGUGCCCCCCGCCAACUCAACCUCUCCGCCUGGGAGCAAAAGGCCGCUGUUCAGGCUCUUUCUCAUACCACCCACCCCUCCGCCCUGCGUCUCCUUAUCACCUCUGUUGAGUCAACCCUCCGCCGCCAGGCGCACCCCAAUUUUGUGCGCUGGUCCAUCUGCAACGGCAACCCGGCCCGCGUCACGUUUGCCCGCGGCCUCGGCGUCGGCACCAUCCUGCUCGGCGUCGUCGCAGGCAUCGUGCUCUGUCUGAGCGGCGCGGGACGCGGCUGGCGCGCCCUCACCGCCAUCGCCUUUGUCGUCGGCAUCAGCACCCUCGUCGCCGCCUACAAGGGCAUGUGCGUUGUCCUGCACGGCAUGCACCACCGCCACGUGCGCCCCUGGGAGCUCUUUACGCAGGACUCGGAAAAAGAUGGCCUCGAGAGCCCCGGCGUCUCCAAGACGAGCCUGCAGUCAUUUGACUCGUGCAACAGCUACGAGGACGAGCCCUGGGUGGUCAAGUAUGAGAAGCGCAAUGUGGUCCGCAAGGUCUUUGACCGCGAGGUCUGGAUCCAGGAGCCUGCGCUGCGCCAGAUCCAGGACACCAUUUUCAUCCAGGCCAUUCUUGCCUCGCUUCUCUUUGGCGGCGUCCUGACGGCGAUUUUUGUAGCCGUUCCUGGCGGCCACAUGUUUUAA